GUGUUUCAGCGCAGAUGACAAGUUCACCGGCUCCAUGGAAACUAACGUGGUGAUUCAGUACGACGGGCAGAUCAUGUGGGAUUCCCCGGCCAUCACCAAGAGCUCCUGCAAGGUGGACGUGUCCUUCUUCCCCUUCGAUGCGCAGCAGUGCCGGCUCACCUUCGGCUCCUGGACCUACAAUGGCAACCAGCUGGACAUCCACAAUGCGCUGGACAGCGCCGACCUGGCCGACUUCGUGGAGAACGUGGAGUGGGAGGUCCUGGGCAUGCCCGCCAAGAGGAACAUCGUCCUUUACGGCUGCUGCGCUGACCCCUACCCUGACGUCACAUACACCCUCAAGCUCCAGAGGAGGGCAUCCUUCUACGUCUUCAACAUGCUCAUCCCCUGCGUAAUGAUCUCCUUCCUGGCCCCGCUGGGCUUCUACCUGCCCGCAGACUCCGGGGAGAAGGUGUCCCUGGGCGUGACCGUCCUGCUGGCCCUCACCGUCUUCCAGCUGCUGGUGGCAGAAAGCAUGCCGCCCUCCGAGAAUGUGCCGCUCAUCGGAAAGUACUACAUUGCCACCAUGACCAUGAUAACUGCCUCAACUGCAUUGACUAUCUUCAUCAUGAACAUCCACCACUGUGGGCCGGGAGCCAAACCAGUCCCCAAGUGGGCGAAGAAGCUGAUCUUGCAGUACAUGGCUAGGAUCUGCUUUGUGUAUGAAGUGGGGGAAAACUGCCUGUCUGCACAGCCUGAGAAACCAGAACCGCCUCCACAGAAGGGUGAGGGAGGGGUCAGAGGUACAGGGAUGGUCUGCAAGACCCAGUGCACGUGCAAUCACGAGCAGCUCCUGAGGAAUGUCGAGUACGUCGCCAACUGCUACCGCGAUCAGAGGGCCACCCAGAGAAGGACUGGGGAGUGGAAGAAGGUGGCCAAGGUCAUGGACCGCUUCUUCAUGUGGAUCUUCUUCAUCAUGGUGUUUUUUAUGAGCCUGCUCAUCAUGAGCAAAGCCAUAUGA